ACUACCAUCACCACUUCAUAGUAGUCAGGAUGGUCAGAGCAUACCCCAACAUCGUGAUCACUGGCACCCCGGGCACGGGCAAGACGUCCCACUCCUCCCUACUUGCCUCCUCCUGGCCUUCAAGUAGCAGUGGUAGCUCCUCCUCUAGGCCCCUUCGCCACAUCAACAUCUCGGACCUCUGCAAGACGCAUCCGAAUCUCACAACAAGCUAUGACGCCGAAUGGCAGUCCCACGAAGUAGACGAGGAUGCUCUGCUCGACCACCUUGAGCCUCUCACCGGGGAGAGGGCGCCCGAGCCCGAGGACGAGCAGGACACGAAAGCUGCACAGGCUGUCAAGGAGGAUGCGGAGGACAGGGGUGGGCUUGUGCUUGACUGGCAUACCUGCGAGGUCUGGCCAGAGAGAUGGGUGGAUCUGGUCGUGGUGCUGAGGUGCGAUCAUGAGAAGUUGUGGAAGAGGUUGGAGAAGAGAAACUACCCCCUCGCCAAGAUCCAAGAGAACAACGAUGCAGAAAUCAUGGAGGUGGUUCUCGCUGAAGCGCGCGACUCAUACCCGGCUGAGGCCAUUGUGGAGCUCAAGAGUGAGGAGGCGGGGGAUGUUGAGGAGAAUGUUGAGAGGAUCAGGAGCUGGAUUGAUGCAUGGAGGGAGGCGAGGGGGUUCAAGAGGGAGGAGUGA